AUGGAGUACUCCGUGCAUGAUCUCGUAGUCCCACACUGGCGCCCAGCUCCUACCAAAAACAAACAAGCCCCUGGCCCCCCAAUUACAACACCCAGCACAUCAGUAGCGCGCGAUAGUCCGAUCCUGAAUCCAAUUCAUCACUAUCACCAAACAAGAAACAUCCCAGCAUCAACACCAACGCAAGCCCCUCCCCCGGCCCCCUUCGGCCUUAGCCCUCUAUUGACCCUAGCCCCUGGUAACAUAGAUCUGGGAACUAAUCAAACUCCGUACAACUCCACUCUAUACUCUAUUGCACAAUAUCAUAUGAUGCCAAUACUCACAACCCAGACCCAGUCCAAACACGGCAACACCCAACUCAAAAUGCUCGGACCCGACAAAACCCACGGUACCGAAGAACCGUUCGAAGAGUUCGAAGAGUUCUAG